GGAAAGUAGGACUUGAUUGCCAUCCAUCCAUUCAAAAGCGGUCUGUGGUGUGAAAGUAAUAUUUUGAGGCAGAUCUUGAGGAGUAUUGCGAGCCAACUGGAAUCGCUUGUGCUUCCGGUUCCAUCGAAAUCGAUAGGCUGUUCGGUGAUCGAUUAA